AUGUUUUCUCCAAUCAAAUACCAUGCAAUAGAUUAUUUAUAUGAGAAUAUAGUUAGAAAGAGGCUUUCCAGAGAUGCUUUGUUGCUUCAAAUCCCUUCAUGUUUUUAUCAAGAUGAAAAUUAUGAAGGAGUUGCCAAUGAUAGAUUUCAGAAGCCAUGGACGAGAGUCUCAGCUAUUCCAGUUCAGGAAAUGACCGAUACCUCAGUCUUGGAUCAAUGGAAAGCAAAUCUCUUUGUGGAGGACUUCCUUGAGAAGAAAACAGUUACAAGGAUGCAGACCCUAAAUAAUUGUGAAUUUGAGGAAAUUGUUCCAAGUUCAAACCCAAAUUCCCAAAUUGAAAUGGAGGAAGCCAGUUUAUAUAACUAUGAAGAUUACAGUGAAGCAUUUACACCUGUCAGCUAUUUAGAAAAAUGUCUAACACUUCAAACACAGAACCAAGAUUCUUUUAUUGAGGAAGAAGAAAUAAUUUUUGGAAAUAAUUUGAUGACCCAUAGCAGUCAUCUACCAACUUUUAAUACUCUCUUGAGUAGUCCAGAACUGCAAAUCUUCACAAAACCUAAUUUUUCCAGGGAAUGUUUCUCUUGUCAAGAGAAUUUGGAAGGUAAUGAGAAAGAAGAUCUUUACACAGAUAAAGAGAACUUUUGUCAGGAGAAACUGGAAGAUACAGUAGGUUAAAAUGAACCAUCAACUUUGUCUAUUGGGCGUGAAUUAUUAAUGACUACAAGCCGAAAACAAGAGAUUGAAAUUCCAUCUUUCUCAGAGCUGAAGUCAUUAAACUUAAUACCAGAAAUAAUAAGUUAUGUAGAUGAAAAUGAAAAGGUUUUCAAAAAAGAUCUUGUUACAAAAUAUAGAAUUGACACUGAGGAUAUAAAAUGCAGCUUCACAGAGAUUUUGACCAUUCAAAAUCCUUGUGAACCAGAGUGCAGUGAACCAGGAAAGUUAGAGAUGCCAUUAACUCAUCUACAAAUAACAAGUCAACAUUCUUCACAGAAUUCAUUAUAUUCAAGGUUUCAGAUAUUUCCAUUUUCUCCUGUUUGCAAAAUUAAUUUACUUGUCACUGAAGAAUCAGCUAAUAAAUGCUGUAUGGUUUGGCAAUUAGAACGCUGCAGAAGUGUUUUGAAAUCAUUUUUGCUUACAGUACCAAGAAUUCCAGAGUCCAGCAGUCAGUCCUCAAUUACAGAUUUUAAAAAGAUGCUUUCCAUUGGAGAAAGAAGCCUUGUGAUUAGUCCCUUAAGGGCAGAGUGGUGGAAGCAAACAGGACUAAAUCUGAUAAUGACUGAAACUUUGGGACAUCUAAAUACAGAUUUGUGUCACAAUUAUCUAUCUUCUGGCGAUACUAAAAAGGAGAUCUUUUUGUCUACAAAAUUGCUUCAAUUAGACUCAUCGCUAGAACAUAAAAGUUGUUCUUCUAUUAAAUGUAUUAAAGAGAAAUCUGCAGAUGAUCAUUUAUCACUUCCACAAAAGAGUCUAUCACUGGCAAAAGAAAUAGCACCUCUGUGUUUUCCUAAAUGUAUCUCUGAUAAAAGACCAACAAAAGAAAAACGAAAGCAUGAUCCAGAGCUAGUUCACAGAAUAAUACAAAAGAAAGAAAAUAAAGAUUAUGUUGAAUUUGACUGCACAGUACCAUCUAAUGAAUCAUGUUCUUCAAGAAUUGAAGAAGUGUCUAUUCAAUAUGGUAAAAAACAAGAGGAUAGCUCCGACUUUUUGAGCGACUUUAUUAUGCUGCGAAAUAAAUAUGAGGCUUGUACCUCAGAGACAGAAAUCAUAAAUAGUAAUGAAAAAGAUGUUAAAGAGGAGCAUUCUUUGACUCUUCAAAAGGAAAGUCCUAUUGUUUGUACUAAUAAAAGCCUAGAAAAAAGAAAUCAGGAAAGGGGAGCAGAUAAUGUCAUUGAAAUUCAAGCAUCAGAUAGCCAGUGCCAAGCAUACUGUCUCCUAGAAGCAGCAGCUACUCCUGUCUUACAAAAGCUUGUAUGCCUCAGUAAUGUCCCUGCUGCUAACUGGAAAUUUGCCACUAUUAUCUUUGAUCAAUCAAGGUUUAUGUUAAAGGAACAAGAAAAAGUAAUAAGUGAUACUAUUCACCAAGGUAUAAAUGAUGAAAGAGAAAUGACAUUCAAGCAUGUUGCUCUCUUACAUCUUCUGGUAACAAUUAGAGAUAUCCUUUUAACGUGUAACUUGGACACAGCAUUAGGAUAUUUAUCAAAUGCAAAAGAUGUCUAUGAAGGCAUUUUGGGCUCUGAUUUGGAUGAUAUUUGGAGACAGCUAGAAAUUGUACAGUUUAUUAAGGAAAAAAAUCCUGAAACUAAUUACAAGAUACAAGAAUUACAAUGUCAGCUACUAAGUUGGAUGCAAAUUCAACAACAAACUAAGGUGCUGAUUAUAAUAAGAAUAGAUUCUGACGGUGAAAACUAUUUACUCGUUAAAAUUCUUAACAAAAUAGAAGGUUUAAAAUUGACUGUCUUUGAUUCAAAUGAAAGAAAUAAUUCCCUGGAAUCUGAAGAUGUAUUAAAUGGUACCUGUUCCUGUGUAGUUGUACACAAUCAAUAUAUUGGAGCAGAUUUCCCCUGGAGUCGUUUCUCAUUUGUGGUAGAAUACAAUUAUGCAGAAAACUCCUGCUGGACUGAGCACUGCGAGAAGUUGAAUAUACCUUAUGUGGCCUUAAAAACGAUUCUUCCAGACACAAUUUUAAAGAGAAGCAACUUGCUGGAUAAAUUCAGUGGUUUUCUUUUGGAAAUUCAGAUUCCAUAUGUGUUUUUUGCAUCUGAAGGACUUCUUAAUACUCCAGAAAUACUUCAGCUGUUAGAAUCCAACUAUAAUAUCACAGUAGUGGAAAGAAGCUGUAGUGAGUCGUUGAAACUCUUUGGAGGUACAGAGCAUUAUGCAUUGAUGACAGUUGAUGAACACACCGCCAUAAUUUUGCAGGAUCUAGAAGAAUUGAAUUAUGAGAAGGCAUCAGACAAUAUAAUCAUGAGACUGAUGGCAUUAUCCUUCCAAUAUAGUUGUUGUUGGAUAAUAUUAUAUUCCAAAAAAGCAUUGGAUUCAGAGUAUCAUCUUACAGAAAAGACACUUCAUCACCUAGCACUAAUUUAUGCAGCUUUGGUUUCAUUUGGCCUAAAAUCUGAAGAACUGGAUGUAAAGCUUAUAAUUGCACCAGGAAUAGAAGAGACUGCAUUGAUUAUUCGACAAAUUGCUGACCACAAUUUAAUGACCUCCCAGAGAGAUCCUCAUGAAUGGUUGAACAAAUCCUGGCUCCAAGUAUCACCUUCUAAGGAAGAAAUGUACUUACUUGAUUUUCCAUGUAUUAAUCCAUUGGUGGCUCAGCUCAUGUUAAAUAAAGGACCUUCAUUGCACUGGAUAUUAAUAGCAACUGUUUGUCAACUUCAGGAUCUCCUACCUGAAGUUCCAGAAAAAGUGUUAAAGCAUUUUUGUGACAUCACUUCCUUAUUCCAGAUUAAUUCUUCUCCCAUAACAAAAUCACCUCAAAUUUCAUCACCUCAGGAAAAGAGGAAUUGGACUAGUAACUUUACAUCUCAGAGUUCAACUUCUGGUUCUUCAGACUCUGUCAUUCAAGAACAUAAUGAAUCUUACCAGCACUCAGAUUUAGGAUAUACAGUGCAGGAAGACACAAAUACUGUUUCUAAUUAUAAUUCUUCCCUUAUGGGCCUAAGAGAAAUACCAUCUGUGGAUUCUUAUAAUCAGACAAGCUACUGGAAAGACUCCAGUUGUAACCAAAACACAGUACAGCAUACUCCAUUUUUAAUUAAUACAGAAUCAAGAAAAGUGACUGGUCAUUCCUUUCAAAACCAGAAUGAUUCAGAAUCAGAUAUCUUUGGUUUGGGUCUCACACAGAUGAAUUAUGAGACCAGAAUAUCAUCAACUCGUGAAAGAGUUGUUCUUAAUUUUAUAAAUGAUCAGAAAGAGGGAAUAUAUGAAGCAAAAGGAUCCAUAAAUAAAGAAGUGUAUUCUCCUAGCUUCUCAUUAGAAGAAUCUCAAUCUCAUCUUCAUUCAAACUUUAAGAAAAAUAUUUGGGAACAGAAUCACUCAUUCAGUUUACAUUCUGGUGCAUGUGACAAAUGGUACUCUCAGAAAGAUAAUUUAUUGACUAAUCAGCAAAAAUGCCUAUCAGAUGAGUUAAAAGAUUUCACAUAUGAAAGUCCAAAUGUUGGGACCAAAAAGAUUUUCUGGAGAGAAUUACCAUCUGUCCCCAAUUGGGAUUUAUUUCAUUCUUCUGAUUUUGGUCAAAAGGAAUUUGACAGCCUAUGUUUCUACCAAAGACCUGGAAAAUGUUUAAGUCAGAAGAGGUACCCUGAAUCUUCAUCUAAUCCAGGAUACAUGGAACCAUUAACAGAUUCCAAGUACUCACAACUCCCACAGUUCAAAAAACGACGUCUUAUGUAUGAAAAAAUCCCUGGUAGAGCUGAUGGACAAACUCGUCUGAGGUUUUUUUGA